UCUCGAACGGGGGCCCCUCUAGGGCAAAACCGCGUAGAACGACAACGACGACGACGACGACGACGCUCUGCGCCUCUCACUAUGAUGAACCGGCUUGCGCUUCUAAAAGAACUACAAGGUUCUCUCUCUUUGUCGAGGAGAGAGAUAGUAUCAGCUCAACGCCGUCUAUUCAGUACUGACGUGGCAUCCAACAGCUCAAACCCUAAGAAAUACAAAUACCCUCCAGUCUACAAUCCCUAUGGACCAAGACCACCACCGUCUGAAAAAAUUGUUCAGCUCGCGGACCAGAUCGCCGCUCUUCCGCCUGAAGAGAUAAAACAAAUUGGCCCGACUCUUUUAAUUAGGCUGAACCAACCGAAGCUGCAGCCCAUAUCAGGCCAAGGUUUCAGUUUUGGCCCACAAACGGGAGCCGGCCCAGCAAAAGCAGAGGAGAAGAAGGCUGAAAAGACGGCUUUUGAUGUGAAACUAGAAAAGUUUGAUGCAGCUGCAAAGAUCAAGGUUAUAAAGGAGGUCCGGACUUUUACCAAUUUAGGGUUGAAGGAAGCCAAGGACUUAGUCGAAAAAGUACCGGUCGUUUUGAAACAAGGGGUUACUAAAGAGGAGGCUAAUGAGAUCAUCGAAAAGAUAAAAGCAGCCGGCGGUGUAGCUGUAAUGGAGUGAAGGGGAUUCUUUCUCGAGCUAACAUGUUUUUUGCACCGAAUUUUGAUUAUAAAUGCAAAUUGCAGCCGAGCAAUGGUUAUAAAUGAAAAUUACUUGUCGAUGUUUCGUGAGAAACUUGCAAAGAGACCCAUGUUUCAUUCUUGGGUUCACUUGUGUUUCUUGGUGCUUUCAAGUAAGAGAGCUUUAGCCCCCAAACUUGUAUGGAUGGAUUUCUUCUCAGAAAAUAAAUUGCUCCGGUUAGGAGGGGUUCAGGCUUUUUAGGUUAAACAUCCGGAAUGAAGAGUUACUGAACUUCUUGAAGUCACUGACAAUUGAGUUAAUUCAUCGCUUUAUUGUUUUCUUUCUUUCCUUUCCAA